GCAGGCCCAAAUAUGCUGCGAGCUUGACAGAUUGCUUGGCGAAUGCACGUGCUUAUCGCCGGGGCGAGGGGCAGCACGUGCUCUCCAGCAGCUGCAGUGUCUUGGACUCGGAUUCAGAUUUUUGGGUUAUAAGUAGCCAAGGCCAGCUGGGAUGGAGCAGACCGAAACCCGAGUGCCAAGAAUCAAGCAGAAACCAAAUACUGAGUACACUGAGACAAUGCUUAGUUUCGGGCAACAACUAAUCCUGCUGGCGCUGGCCUGCUUUGCACUGCAAAUGGCCAACGGCCUCUUCCUGCCCACACUGGAGGAUCUAGUGGAUAAGAAGGAGGCGAAACUGGACCUUUUCGGGGCCAAAAAACAGAAGGAGCUGCUCAAGAAACUGGAUUUCCUCAAUUUGUUCUCUGAAAAAGUGGAGGCCAAGCUGGAGAAAAAAGAGGAUGAGUGGGAGAAGUUCAAGCAGUGGUGGGAUGAGAAAAAAGAAAAGGAGCUGGCCUUCUUCGAGGCCAAAAAGGAAAAGGAGCUGGCCUUCUUCGAGGGCAAACUGGCCAAGAAGACGAGUAAGAAGAACAAGCCCAAAAAGACAACGGUGAAGCCAUGCUAUAGCUACCAGGAGGAGGAAGAGGAGUAUGUCACCGAGGCAUACGAGGAGGAGGAGGAGUAUGAAUCCGAGGAGGUCACCGAAAAGUCCUGUCCCAAGUGCUACGAAAAGCCAACCUAUUCCUAUGAAAAGCCAACCUAUUCCUAUGAUUUGAAAGAUGAUGCCGACGAGGGCGAUGUGCGUUACUUUACAUGAACACCAGGACAAGGCUAAUUGGCUCCGGCUAGAUGGAUGGAUGGAUGGACGGAUAUUUAUUUAUUGCAUUUUCUCCCCGUCGCAUCGCAUCG